AUGUCUACUAGAGGUAGAGGCGGCAAGUUCAUGAAGCCCAAGCGAGGUGGCGGCAAACACUUCAGCAGAGAUCUCCGUCCCACCGACGCCGAGGGCGCUGAGAAGAGCAUGUGGGCAUCCGACUCGGACAACUCAUCUUCCGAGGAGGAAGAGUCUUCGGAGGAGGAGUCGAGCGAGGAGGAGACAGCAGCCAAGCCUGCUGACCAGGAGAUGACCCGUGAGCAGAGACGUGAGGCAGCCAAGGCACGCAAGGCCGCAGCCAUCGCAAAGAAGAAGGGACCCGUUCAGGUCGGCGACAUGCCCUCAGGAAGCGAGUCGGAAUCAUCAGAUGAGGACGAUAUGCCCGCAAACCCCAACCACACCGCAAAGGCCGCCAAGAUGGCCGCGAAGCCCGUAGUUGCUGGAUCCGACGACGAGGCACCCAAGAAGAAGUCCACCAAGCCCGCCGACAUGUCGCAAUUGUCCAGAAGAGAGCGUGAGGCACUCCAAGCUGUGCAGGCCAAGCAGAGAUACGAGAAGCUGCACGCCGAGGGCAAGACGGAACAAGCCAGAAACGACAUGGAGAGACUGCAACUGGUCAGACAACGCAGAGAGGAAGAGUCAGCACGCAAGGCCGCCGAGAAGGCCGAGAAGGAGGAGCACGAGAAGGAGAAGGCCGAGCAGUUGGCAAGAAUGGAGAGACAGAGAGCAGCAGCUGCGGCCAAGAAGAACCGCGGCAAGGGAAAGAAGUAA